AUGAGCUCCUCAGGGACGGCCGCCACAGGAACGGCACGUACCACAGAAGCGGCGCCUUCCACAGAAAGACCAGCCCCUAAUUCCCGAAGCCCAAUCCACAACCCCUUCCCAGCCUCCUUAUCAAGCGAAUGCAAGAAGGCGGCACAAAUCCUGGACUCCUUUAUCAACCCUUCGUAUAAUGGGUUGGAGGGUGGCAUCCCACGCAAAAUCCUUGGGCCCGCCAAGGGACUGGUCAUCUGCAGUGUAUUCAAGCUUGGCUUCCUUGGGUCUGGCCGUUUUGGCUCGGGUCUGAUUGUGUGUCGCCUUCCUUCAGGGGGUUGGUCGGCUCCAUCAGCCGUUUCGCUAGGUGGUCUGGGAGCCGGUGGUCAAUUUGGGGCGGAAUGGACGAACUUUGUGUACGUGUUGAACACCGACGCAGCGGUCAGAACGUUCAUCGAGUCUGGCACUUUGACGCUGGGAGGAAAUCUCUCGAUUGCCUUUGGAACCGGGAGGAGUGGAGAAACAGCGGCCAUGAUUGGCACUAAAGGAGUCGCCAGCAUUUACGCCUACUCGAAGACGCGUGGUAUAUUUGGUGGCCUAACAUUGGAGGGCGGAGUUCUCCUUGAACGACCCUGGGCAAACAAGAAGCUCUACCAGCGCAAGUUGAAGGCUAAAGACCUCCUCAGCUCUGAGGUUCCUCCUCCCCGGAGGCUGAACCGCUGA